AUGGAUGCGCCAUUUCCUUCCUUCCGACUCCUCGGGCCCAUCUUACAUUGGGUGCAGCCUGGUUUCCAGUCUAACUCUGCUGGUACACUCACCGCUGGGAGUACACCUUUCGUCGCCAAUUACAUUGGCCCGGCUCCACCACCGUUCAGUGGGCCUCAUCGCUAUGCCUUCCUCCUGUAUAGAGAGCCCGAAGGCUUCGAUGGCAGUCGUUAUGCUCCCCCAGACGGACAGCCACUCCCGAACACGCAGCGCAUGAGGUACGAUUUGGACGCCUUCGAGCAAGAAGCCAAGCUCGGGCCGAUUGUCGCCUGCAACUACUUUACAAGUAAUUGA